UAAAAGUAAAAGAGUGGGAUGAUGUUGUUAGAUCUUGCACUGGACCUGCACCGUCGAUAUUUUCUUUCUUAUUUGGUUUUUUAAGUGAAAUGUGCGGCAAACCUUUAGAUCCAGAAUCAAUUCAAAGUUCAAACGAUAGGAGAAGAAGGGAGUAGCGACGAACUCAAACGGCGUCGUAUCGACUCGUUGUUCAUCGAUUGGAUUGAAGGGAGAGAGAGAUCUGGUAGCGGUAGCGGAAGAUGGAUAAGGGUAAGAUCGAAGAGGUGAUCGAGAAGCAAGUCCUGACGGUGGCGCAAGCCGUGGAGGACAAGAUCGACGACGAGAUCGCCGCCCUGGAGCGUCUGGACGCCGAUGACAUCGAGGCCCUCCGCGAGCGCCGCCUCCAGCAGAUGAAGAAGAUGGCGGAGAAGCGCUCCCGCUGGAUCUCCCUCGGCCACUCCGAAUAUUCCGAGAUUCCCUCCGAGAAAGACUUCUUCCCCGUCGUCAAGGCCAGCGAACGCGUCGUCUGCCACUUCUACCGCGAAAACUGGCCUUGCAAGGUUAUGGACAAACACUUAAAUAUUUUGGCAAAGCAGCAUAUCGAGACUCGCUUUGUGAAACUCAACGCUGAGAAAAGUCCGUUUCUGGCGGAGAAGCUCAAAAUCGUCGUUCUUCCAACUCUUGCCCUCAUCAAAAAUGCCAAAGUCGAUGAUUAUGUGGUGGGGUUUGAUGAACUUGGUGGGACUGAUGAGUUUAGCACAGAGGAGCUGGAAGAAAGAUUGGCUAAAGCUCAAGUGAUCUUUUAUGAGGGCGAAUCAUCGUUCAAUCAUGCAAGGUCCAGUGCCAAAACCACAAGAAGUGUUCGACAGAGCUCCAGAGCAGACUCCUCAGAUUCUGAGUAACCUGCAUUUCCUGAUGAGUUUGUUUUAUUUACCUGCACCCUGAGCGACCGGGUUAUACACCCUAAACUUGGUCUCAGUGACUGCUUUGUGGUGUGUCUCUAUCUGUAAGAAUUUAUCAGGAUUCUAGAUCUAGUAGAUCUUCUUGAGGUCAUCCUUUUUUUACAGUGCCUAUUUUUGAGUUAGCGCCCUCCCCCCUGAUUAUAGUAACUUCAUUAAUCUUUGUUAAUAGUUUUAUUUUAUGAGUUUUGAGAUUGAUACAAUGCUUAAUUAUUGUGUUUUGCUAAUGCAUUGGUAUUACUAUACACAGUCCCGUGCUUUCUGGAGUGUCUAGUGUGUACCCAUAAAGUAAACGCUGGCUGAAGAUGUUUCUUCGGUGGAAACAUAUAUAUGGCUAUAUAUAUUGUGGUUU